AGUCUAAGAUACCGUGAAGACAUGGAAGCAUGGAGGCCCUUGUUAGUCGCACUGAUUUCUGCCUUUUUCUACAGUAGGUUAUGUUAGGAAGAUGUGGAACAUCAAAAAACAAAACAAAAUAGUGCUGUCAUUUUAACUGUGUUCGUGUCCGAUUCAAUAGUAUUCAUUUUUUUAAAUACGUGUGAUUUAUAAAAAAAAAAUUCUUAUCUAUUUUUUAGAUCGAAAAAUAUUUAAAAGCGGUGAUCGAUAAUCAUUUAAAAAAAGAGAAAAAUCUUUCUUUAAUUCCAGGGUUGUAAUUAAGCAUGAUGGAAACAAAGGAGAAUGUACUGAUAGUGGGAAUAUUUUCCUCAACAACAAUUAACAUUUUCUUUUUAGGAGUAUGUUAAAUAGAAAAUUCGAAAUGAUUCAGAUUUUUCUCGUGUAUUUCAAGUACUAUCCGCAUGACUUUUGAAAUACACAAAUGCAUUUACAUGUGCUAUAUAACUUUAACGAUACAAUAAUAACAUCAAAUCAACAAUCAGUCUUUAAAUAACUAAUUCUAGAUUAGCACGAACAUUCUAAUACAUAUAUAUAUAUAUAUAUAUAUAUAUAUAUAUAUAUAUAUGUGUGUGUGUGUGUGUGUGUGUGCGUGCGUGAUUGAAAAAAAAAUCAAUCUUUUUAUUGUCGUUAUCCUCAUACAAGUGUUAGCAUCGCUCCAGACGGCUGUUCCAGCCCGCCUCCAUCAAGAUUGUAGAGAUGAGUACACUAUAAGGAAACAAUCGGCCUCAUCAAGUUCUCAUGACGUAUGUAAUCUAUUACGAGAGUAUGUCAACUGCUACCACAAGUGAGUAUAGAAUUUUAACAGAGGAACCUCCAUAAAUCAAUGACGUGUGUAGAAAUGUGAAUUUGUCCUUAGUCGAAGCCGUAUGAAUAGUUCUGCACCUCUAAUCGUCAGAGUUCCUUUCAGUAAAAGAAGAAAUACAAAUUGAGGCGAUUAUUACAAUGUUCCAAAAUAUUAGAUUGAUAUGGUCUUGUUUUCAAGAAAUUCUUUUAAGUAGAGUAGUCAAAAUGUGGUGUCCAAUGUCUAUACGGAGUCCAUCAGAACAAUGUACAAACUUCAGGAUAAAAAUUGAAGAAAUCCUAAAAAACAAGUUGUUUCUUGUAAAUCCAUUACAGAAUGUAACAUCAGGCAGUGGGAUAUGGGGCUGGACAUUUGACAAAGCAGACAUACAAGUGAGGCACUUUAUAAGAAUCCGAAUUCGUGCUCACUCCCCACCCCCACCUCAAACCACAAGGCUAGUAACCACACAUUUUUUAAGCACCUGAACCAUAUUAAUAUUUUAAAAACUCCCCUCCACUCUUACACCAUAGAUUUAUUUCGCCAUUUCAAAAAAAAAAAAAAAAAUUAUGCAUAAAAUGCACACGUUAAUUUAUAUAUAUAUAUAUAUAUAUGUUUAAAGAAUCUCAUUUAGCGCAAUAUCGAGAAUGUUAUUUCAAGAAAUCAGUGGCAUCAUAUUUCCUUCAUAAUACUCUUGAAAAACCUGAAAAACUGAUUUUUGGACGUUGGACUUGUGGGGGUGACUGAAUAUUUGAAAAAAAAUGUGUUGUUUAUAGCAACGCGUCUAUGUGCCAAGUUUCAGCUCGAUGUGUUGACGGGAAGUUUGUCAGUCAGUCGUACGACGAUUUUGCCAGCCACGAACCAAUGCUAAGUACAUAUUUGUUAAAACUACACUUAAUGUCAUAAUGUUUUAAACUCAUUACUACAAAUUUAACUUUAUAAUAUAAUUAAAGUCUUCCUUGCUGGUCUAUAAACAGUGAGUUUUAGUGCUUCUCGAUUGUGAUAAAUUGCUGGACUGUAAAUGUGUAACGUGUAUUUAGGUUAUGGUGGCUGUAUUUUUUUUUAAAAUUGUAAUGUAUUCACGUUUUUCUAGACCUGAAGUGUGCAAACAUUCUUUCUGAGUGACUUUUAGAAGCAUUUCUCUAAACAAUCACAUGACUAUUACUUAAGCAAAGUGGCGCAGCUGGGGUGGGGGGGGAGGUGUGGACCGCACCGGAUGACAUUAUCGCAGGGAGGGGGGGGGGCGGCACCAAAUUGAAAAAUUGCCUAUCUACAGAGCACACUCUGCUCGGUCUAACCGAAUUUCGUAAAAGUAUAACCGAUGUGUAAAUUGUACACUCAUGAAACUGAUCCAAAGACAGUAACAGGAAGUUAAACGUAUCAACAAUUCAUAGAAAUAUAGCUUUCCAUUGAUAUGCAUGGGUGAUUCUAAGUAUAUUUUACAGUUCUUACACAAUGACUUCUCCACCUUCAAUUAUCUUGUUUUUGUUAUGGUCAUUUUAUAUUUUGGACUUAUUUUAACUCCUGCGAGGGGGGUGGGGGGUGGGGUUCGACACCAUGAGCUCACCGCCACGGUUGACACCAGCCCCAGCCCCGCCACUGCUUAUGCCGUCUAAUUCAAUUGAUCGAUAGUUAUUGAAUCGUCGGUUAUUCAUCGAUCGUUUCGACUAAUUGAUGGAUAACGAUAAUUUAAACCAGUGGUUCUCAAUCUUUCUAAUGCCUCGACCCUUUUAUACAGUUCCUCGUGUUGUGGCGACCCCCCCCCCAACCACAAAAUUAUUUACAUUGCUACUUCACAACUGUAGACUGUAUGUGUUUCCCGAUUGUCGCGACCCACAGGUUGAGAACCGAUGAUUGAAACUAGCCCAUUUUUAAAAUUUCAAUAUUUAUAAUAAUUCAUGGUUUGAAAUACAAAUUAUUAUUUAAUGUGAAUCGGUGCAUGUAUGUAAAACAACAACAUCAACAGCAAAAACUACAACGUGUUUUACUCUCAAAGAGUUACUGCUCUAGCCAUACCGUUUGACUUAUUGCCCUGCUGUGUGCAUCGACCAUACGAACUUUACUUUCCAGCGCAUCCGAUGUUGAUACAACGAAACAAGAGGAGGCGCUCGGUUUGAUGUCGUUCAUUUCAACGGAGUUGGAACCCUUCAAAGACGGCGAUGGCUGCACGACCGAGGACCUCAUCCACGGGCAGCCACCCUUCUUGAUGAAAGUGGUGAACAGGAAGAUAAUCUCCUGUGUGCGUUACAUCAUGCACACCUUCGCAGGUUGCCUUAUAGGGAUCAUUCUGGCAUUCUUCAACCGCCUUGCAUUGAGGCAUAUGAUGGGGAUAACGAUGGUUUUCUUUCUCAUGCUUUUAGGUAUCAUAUUUUUUAACCUUUACAAAAUUUACUCCCUAACUGCUAUUGAUUAAAUCUAUUUAUUUUAUAGUUGAGCUGCAGGAUUUGGUUGUUCAAUUCCACAACCUGACAUUUACAUUUAUUUUUUUUUUAAUUUAAAUUAUAUAUAUUUUUUUUAUAUUAGUGGUUAAAAAUAAAACACUUUGUUUUAAAGAUUGACAUAGAUGUCGUUGAAUAUCAAUGGAGAAAAAUACAUUAUUUUAAAAAAAAAUUUUUUAAACAAGUUUGGUAAUUUUUACCUGAUAAUUGUCGGACCAUUUAAAAACAGAUGAAAUCUAAAACAAGACGCAAUUAAUCUACAUCAA